AUGUCGGUCUCAAGCCAGUCCAACCGGUCGACGACGAGUCCGACCGGGGUCGUGGAUCCCCUCGACCUGCUAGAUUUCACCGAGUACGAUGGACUAUCAUAUCAAUCACCGUCGCUCUCGCCGGCUGCCACAAAUAAACCCCAGUUCGCUAGGCCGACGACGACAAUGACCGCGACACCAUCGACGAUGCCGCCGAGCCAAACAUUGUCGGGGCCCAGCCAUCAGUAUGAUCAGUACAAACAGCAGACGCCAUUCGUCCCGGGCGCUCUGGCCAGCACCCUGGCAGUCAACGAGAGCAACGCACACAUUACCGGGUACUCGAUGGACUACAUGAGCUCGAAUGAGGAGAUGUUCGACUUCAACUCCGCUCCAUCGCAACACUCCAUGAACACCCCCGAUAUGGAUGUCGACUUCGAGUCUCAAUCGGAUCCAUCUUUCUACUACGCCGGUCCAUCUACCAUCAACCCGCACGCCGUCGACAACCGUGAUGCCCAGCUGCCAUCGCCCACCGUCCCCAGUCAGACGAGUAGUGUUGGCCGUAUGUACCCUGGGAUGCAUCAGCAAGCUGCCUUGGCGAAAGCCCAACAGCAACAGCGACAGCAACAACAGAUCAUUCAGCAACAACAGCACCAGAGACAGAGCCAGCAGGGCAAGCACCAUCGACCCAAGGCGCCACUUCCCUCGGACCCACUCGUCGAGCAGAAGAUCACUCAGCUGCUAAAUACCAUGAGGGCGAAGGCUAAUAUGGGAGAUGGGGUGGACAACUCGCCUCUUAUGCAGAUCCACCGACCCAAGAAGGAAGAGGAUGAUAUGGACGAGGAUGAGAGACUCCUGGCCAGCGAAGAGGGCAAGAAGCUCAGUAGCAAGGAGCGGCGCCAACUGCGCAACAAGGUGUCUGCUCGUGCUUUCCGAUCAAGAAGAAAGGAAUACAUCACCCAGCUCGAAGCCGAGAUUGCAACCAAGGUUACCGAGAACGGCGAAUUGCGCGGCCAAAACCGUGCUCUCGCAGAGGAGAACCGACGGUUGUCUGACCUCACCCGCAUGCUCCUGUCAUCGCCGUCAUUCUCCAAUUUCCUGGACCACCUGAGCAGCAGCCCUGCCGCUGUACCCCAAGCGCAGCCGCAAGUCGAGCAGAGACAACCAGAGCGCCAGAUACCCAAGGAUGUGAACCCCUACAACAACAGCCAGCAAGGUCAACAACACCAGCAAAUUGGUAUGGUCAUGAUGCCCGAACAGACCAUGGACUUCUCCAUGCUCAAUCUGAACACGGAUGCUUUCAACUAUCAACCCCAGGUCUUCUCCGUCCUGGAGACCCCUGAGAUGCCAGUGAUCGACAUGGAGGCCCUGGCGGGCAAGAAUUCCAUCAUACCAGGCGAAUCCCUUGCCCUGGAUAACGAGAAGACCGAUGCGCCCGUUGUCGAGGACCCAGUGUCGCACUCGCUCGAGAAGUCGCAGGCUCCAGAGUUGUCUGUCGAGCCUACUGCUGUUGAGAAAGCUGUCGCAAAACUCGACGGUGACAUCUUCGAUGACGAUACACCUGCCUCCACUCUCAUUCCCGCCGAGCUCAACACCGAAAGCCUGUCCACCGUCGACAUCUUCGGCGGCAUUGAACCCGAGAAGGCCUUCGCCCGCUACGAAAUAGUCGAUGCCUCGGAAGGGGAGGCCAUCGCCAGCAUUGCCCUGAGACGGGUUGAGCGUCUCGCGGCUAGCCUCGAGGCCACCAUGGCCAGGUUAGAACUGCUGUCGAUUGACUUGUAG